GAUAAGCACCGACCCGGACUGAACUCCUAGUUACAAAUAGGAGCUGCGGCAUUCCAAGUGGAGCAGAGUGGAGGCGCUCCAUGCUGAUGAAUAAUAAUAUUAAGUAAGAGUGAGAAGCUGCCCUAUUUAACCAGAGCGAGGAGGAUAUGAAGCUGCUUCUUUCUGACUGGGAAAAAGAUAUGAUUAAUUAGGAAAUUAUUCACAGAGGACUAAACAUUUAAACCAGGUGGCAGUGUUGCAACAAAUAUCCACUAUAAGAGUUCCUGAGAAUUCACUGCGCUGCAUUCAGCUUUUAACUGUCCUUCAGUCAAUGCCUGGCAUGAUGUUUGAAGAGGAGUCUCAGGGUAUGAGAGGCCAGCAGGAGCUGUCCGUCCUGCGCGCCGUGGAGUCGCCUGUUGGGGCGGCGUCUAGUGGAGUUGAGGGUUCUCUGUCCUUCACUGAUGAAACUGUGUCCAUACUGACCUCCAGCAACCUGCUGGCUCGCUCUCUGCUGGGUCGCACCUCAGCCGUCAAGCGUAAAGAGAGCCCGGCUGCCUCUGCCCGACGCAAGCGCGAGUUCAUCCCCCAGGACAAAAAGGACGACAGCUAUUGGGACAAAAGAAGGAAGAACAACGAGGCGGCCAAACGUUCUCGGGAGAAGCGGCGGGUGAACGACAUGGUCCUGGAGAGCCGGGUGCUUGCUCUGCUGGAGGAGAAUGCCCGGCUCAGGGCAGAGCUGCUGGCUCUCAAGUUCCGCUUUGGUCUGAUUAAAGAUCCCUCCAGCACACAAAUUCUACCACUUGCUGGAGCUACUCAGCACAAUGUUCCAAAUCUGACUCCUCAAUAUUAUCCCCACAGAGGGGAUCCAGGCCCUCAAAGCUCCCCAGCACCACAUCCCAGCAACCCCUUAGGCCAGACAAGCACCAGGGGCUGUAGGGAGGGCGGAAAUCUGUCAGAGGACUCUGGGUUUUCUACCCCAGGUGGGUCCAGUGUGGGCAGCCCGAUCUUUUUUGAGGACCGCUUUGGUGAUCAUGGGAAAUUCUCCCCACAUCGGGCAGAAGAGUUGAGCUAUGACCUCCAGCAUUCACCUGCUGAAGUCCACCACCCUGCUGCCCCCAGUGUUGGCAAGCACGACCAAGCGGAAGCAAUGAAGAACCUUCCUCACAAGCUACGUUUCAAGAUUCCUGGGAGCGGCGAGGGUCUUGACGUGGGGUGCGACAGCGCCAGGCGCAGUCCAUCCAUCUCCGCCGUGAGCCGGGAAGGUCCUCGGGAGACCAGCAAAGGACUGAAUGGGGGUGAGGCGGCAGCAGGGCAUUUUUCUGGCUCCUGGGUUCAGCAAAUAGAGGGGGAGGAAUGUAGAAGGGAGAGACAGACUCCUCCUAAUACCACCGGCUGUAACCUCCAGGCUCCUCUGACGCCCGGACAAAACGAAGUCCUGUAUCAACAUGAAAACACUUACCUGAAGUCUCAACUCAGCUCCCUCUCUGAAGAGGUGGCUCAGCUGAAGAAGCUUUUCACAGAGCAGCUCAUGUCCAAAAUCAACUGAUGACCAAUGCUGGUAGAUGAUACGUGCUAAUGCCUGGACUUAAGGACUUCUAGCACAGACUGAAAAACAGCAAUACAAUCUUCUACUGUUCAGAAAGACUUAUUGUAAAAAAAAAAAACAAAAAAAAGUUGUUCGUUCUUUUUAAUGUCCUGGGUGUUGGUCAUUCGGUCUCGUCACCCCUCUGUACUGUUGCAGUUUAAGUCAUUUCAUACCUGGAAAAAAAAAUUCUAAUCAAAACAAAACGGUGCCGGCUAUGACAAGAUGUUUUGCACCGACUCUAUGUUUAUUUGUGAUCACAAUGUGGAUGUUUUGCACCAGACUUCUCUGCUUAAAGAUUUAAGAUAUUGUUCCAUUUUUAACCAAAAGAAAACAUGGCUAUGCUCUCUACCAGCAGGAAGUUGCUUAGGUUAGGUCAGAAGUCCUAAACCUAAAACUUAACUGCAUGCAAUAAAAAAACAAACUAUUAUCAUUCUUGGUGAAAUCAUUUAGGUACCCUUUUCUUUUCUAUGAAAUGUCAGACAGGAUGAAACAUUGGUGCAAACUGGUGAACUCACCCAGAGCCUGAUAUAUUGCUGCUUUCAACACUCAUAUUGUCUUCUGUUUAGCAAUAUCCUGCUGUGAUCUCACCUUCUAUCUAUUUCACUCAUAGAUGCGUGUCUUAUAUGUGUAUAACAAGUGAAAAAUGUGUAUUCCACACACUGUGACGUCAAAUCACACACAUCAAAAAACUGACAUGGCAAUAAGAGGCUCACGUCGUCACCGGAUGCUCCCAGCAUGAAUAUAAAAAAUGAAGGGGUUUUAUUUUUCAUAGAUUUCAAAUGCGGAGAUUGACCCGCCCAGGAAUGACAUCACUAACUAGUAAAAACAUAAAAAUCACUCGCAGGAUCUGAAGUUUACUA